UUCCCGCCUCCUUUUCUUUCUCCACAUCCGGUUCAGACCAACAUGGCGGCUGUUCUCUGACAGGAUAAACUCUGAGCCUAUUUUCAUUUUUUUUCAUUUUUAUGAUGAGAUAUUUCAUGUUUUCGUGACGCUUAGAGUGAAGUUGUAGCUGAGAAUACAGCAGUUUGUUUGGCUGUCUUCUGGUGUCGAUGUAUCAGACAUCAACAAACCCAGCUUGAGUCUCAGUUUCACCAUGAACAGCACCACAUGAUCCAGACCCACUCGGACCCUGACAGACCAUCAGAACCAUGGAGAAGUUUGGGAUGAGUUUCGGGGGCGGUCCCAACAGGAAAGAGCUGCUGGACACCAUCGAGUCUCAAAAGAAGCAGCUGGUCCAGUACCAGACCCGCUUCAAAGAUGUGGUCCGGGCCUACAAGAGCCUCCUGAAGGAGAAGGAGGCUCUGGAGGCCAGUCUGAAGGUCCUGACUGUGACUCAGGAGGUGGAGCUAAACCAGCAGGUCCAAGAUGGCACCUUCUCGGACCUCCCAGACGACGGAUGCUCGCUGCACAGCGAGGACAGCUUAGACACUGCGGCAUCUGUGGACACGCCUAGCGAGACCACCAGAGGGGACCAGAGCGAAGAAGACCAGGGAGAUCCAGUGGGAAAGUCAAGCUCAACGUCGCUCAGGUCUGACCAUGAUGCUGGCAGCUCAGACAGCAGUGUGGGGCCAGAGCUGCCGCAAGCCAUGCCCCCUCUAAACUUGGAGGCAGACCGCAGAAUCAUCCAGCUUAAGAGCCAACUGAGCACGCUCACCAGUGCCCUGGCCACAGUGACGCAGGAAAAGUCCCGCAUGGAGGCGAGCUUCCAGGCCGACAAGCGUCAGCUGAAGCAGGAGAUGGAAGAGCUGCAAGACCGACUGGCUUCCAUGACGGGGCAGCAGGAGGCGGACCUGAGGACGCUCCAGCAGCAGCUGGCCGAGAGUCGAGCACGCGUCAUCACGCAGCAGCACGAGAGGGAGCAGGAGCAGGGAGACCAUGUCCAGCAGCUCAGAGAGCUGCAGAGGAUCCUGCAGCAGGAGCGAGACUUGAGGCAGGACUCGGAGCUCCGUCUGCAGGACGCCAACGCCGCACUCCAAAUCACGUCACAGGCCGUAGACCGGGGGGCCGAGACUGAGGCGCACCUGAGUCAGGUGAGGGCAGAAAGAGACGAGCUGAAGAAGAGGCUGCAGGCUGCCGAGGAGGACCAGAAGAAACCAGAUCCUAGAGUGGAAGAACUGCAGAGAGAGCUGACGGAGCUGAAAAACCACUUCCAGCAGCAGAUUCAGCUCGACACCAGAAAGGCGAGAGACACAGAGGAGAAUGCCCGUGAGCGUGCUCAGUCCUCGGAGGCUCGGGUGGCUGGUCUGGAGCAGAGAGUCUCUGAGCUGUCUGAGCUACUGGGUUCCUGCGAGAAGACUAAGCAAAGAGACCAGCAGACAGCUCAGAGGCUUCGAGACCGGAUUAUGCAGCUUGACAUGGAGAACAAGACGCUGGCCAUGGCGGCGUCCAGCAGGAUGAGCGGGGAUCUCGGCCUGGAUGAAUCCCAGCUGGAUGUGUGUGCGCUGAAGGAGAAGAUGGAGAAGGUGAAGAAGCUGCUGCUGCUGGCAGCUCAGAGAAACCCAGACCAGAACAUCCACAACCUGACGGAACCUGUGGAGCUGAGCGGAGACAAAGGCUCUGUGUUCUUCUACCAGCAAGAGCUGCGGCAGCUCAAGGAUGAGUUCGAGCGCUACAAGCAGCGGGCUCAGGUGGUGCUGAAGAACAAGAACGCCAAAGAUGGCAGCCAGGCCAAAGAGCUGGAGGAGGUCCGGGACCAGCUGUCCGAGCUGAAGGAGAAGUACAUCAACCUGCGUAUCCAGAGCGACGAGGCCGAGGUCACGCAUCGCCGCCAGCUGGAGGAGCAGCAGCAGCAGGCCGUGGCGCUGCAGCAGACUCACAAACAGGAAACGGAGCGGGGGGAGACGGUGCACCGCGACGAACUGCUGUGUGUGGAGGCGGAGCUUCACAAGCAGAGAGAAAGAACUAUGGCGCUGCUGGACGAGAAGGACCAGGAGCUGGAGAGGCUGCGGGCCGUCGCAUUCAGCAUCACCAACAACACCGCCAAGAUGGUCGACGACGAGCAUGAGCCGGGCCUUGACACCGAGGGUGACAUCAUCAGCCAGGCCUUGCGGCGGAUCACGCCCAACGAGCCCACGCUGCUGCUGUACGCCGAGCAGCUGGCCAGGAAGGAGGUGGAGGUUGGCGGGCUGCGGCGGCAGAAACACCGACUCGAGGAAGACGUCCACCAGCUGCAGGCGAAGCUCAUCGCUAAUGGAGAGCGCCACGACGAAGAAUUGUCUGAGAUCAGAGGGCGACUCGACAAACUGACCCGAGACCAGAGCAGGGAGGGCGCCAACUUGGAGUAUCUGAAGAACGUCAUCUACAAGUUCCUGACGUUGCAGGACGCCAGCGGGCGGCAUCAGACACUCACCGCCAUCCUAACCAUCCUGCAUUUCAGCCCGCAGGAGAAACACAGCGUAAUGAGGCUGCAGAGUGCCACCUGGUGGACACCAAGCAGGACAUGAACACCGUAAAUUUGGUGUUUAACAACGAAGCUGAGACUCUGCAAAACGUUCUGAUGUUCAGACAGAAGGACGAAUCUGAGUCGUCAGUAUGCAGACGACUCUGAUGUUUAAAUGAUACAAAUCUAAAUGGAGUUGGGUUCUAUCAGCUGUUCCAAAGUUUUUUCCGAACUGUGUGUAUAUAAUAUAAUAUUAUUUAACACUAAAUUAAAUAACUAACAGACUGUCACUGUGAUUAAAAAAUCUUCAAAUACCGGCUUAAAUUCUUCCUUCAGAUCUCCGGUGUGUAUAUUUUUGAUUCUCUUGUUGAAAUUAAACUAUUUUUCCUGCUUCAC